UUAAUGCAGGCUCAUUUUUCAGGCACCUGCCAGGGGGUAAUUGCACUUAACAUGGAGGAUGGUACCCUGCAUCGUUUCCGUGCUUCAAAUACAAUUCUAGCCACUGGAGGUUAUGGUAGAGCCUACUUCUCAGCAACUUCAGCCCACACAUGUACUGGUGAUGGCAACGCUAUGGUUGCGCGUGCCGGAUUACCCCUUCAGGAUCUUGAGUUUGUGCAGUUCCAUCCUACAGGCAUUUAUGGCGCUGGAUGCCUGAUAACAGAAGGUUCACGGGGUGAAGGUGGCAUUCUAAGGAACAGUGAAGGUGAGUGGUUUAUGGAACGAUAUGCUCCAACUGCUAAAGAUCUUGCAUCUCGUGAUGUUGUUUCGAGAUCGAUGACGAUGGAAAUUAGGGAGGGACGUGGCGUGGGACCACUGAAGGACCAUAUCUACCUACACCUCAACCAUCUUCCUCCAGAAGUUCUCAAGGAAAGGCUUCCUGGUAUAUCUGAAACUGCUGCGAUUUUCGCUGGCGUUGAUGUCACCAAAGAACCCAUUCCUGUUUUGCCUACUGUGCACUAUAACAUGGGUGGUAUUCCGACAAAUUAUCAUGGGGAGGUGCUGCAUAUCAAGGGUGGUGACCCAGAUGCAGUUGUUCCUGGUCUGAUGGCUGAUGGGGAAGCUGCUUGUGCAUCCGUCCAUGGUGCUAACCGGCUUGGUGCAAAUUCACUUCUUGAUAUAGUUGUGUUUGGGAGAGCUUGUGCAAACAGGGUUUCUGAGAUAUCAAAACCAGGAGGGAAGCAGAAGCCUCUUGGAAAAGAUGUCGGAGAGAAGACUACUGCUUGGUUGGAUAAGCUGAGGAAUGCAAAUGGAUCAUUGCCUACUUCAAAGAUUCGUCUCAACAUGCAACGUGUUAUGCAAAACAAUGCUGCAAAACAAUGCCCUCCUAGCUGUGAAUUGAUUAUCAAAGCAUGGGAGAGUUUCCAUGAUGUCAAGAUCAGUGACAGAAGUCUAAUAUGGAAUUCAGACUUGAUAGAGACCAUAGAAUUAGAAAACCUGCUUAUAAAUGCAUGCAUAACCAUGCAUUCAGCGGAGGCUCGCAAAGAGAGCAGAGGAGCUCAUGCCCGUGAAGAUUUUUCGACAAGAGAUGAUGAGAACUGGAUGAAGCACACGCUAGGGUAUUGGGAGAACGAGAAGGUUCGACUAGCAUACAGGCCAGUUCACAUGAAUACCUUGGAUGAUGAAGUUCAAUCUUUCCCACCGAAAGCACGCGUUUACUAAUCUAUUCUGGGCAUGGCUGGAAAUGAUAUCGCUCGUCUCAGAAAGAUAUGCCUCACAACUGAUUGGUUUUUUCUCCUUCGAGUUCUGGAUCUCAAAUAAAUCAGGGUCAGGGACCCUCCGAUCGUAAGAAAUGUAUUUAAUUACCAACUCUGGAAAGAUUCUCCCUACCUCCCUGAUGCCCUCGUUACAUUACGACGGGAGAAAUAAGGGAAACAAUGUUGCAAUGUAGGUUCGCUUUUACCUUUUUUUAUCUCCUUUUUUAUGAUGGCGUACA